AUGUCAGCCACAACGGCUGCCGGAGAACUUCUGCUUCUGAACAGGUGGCUGACACUUGCGCUCCAGUAUCACUACACCCACGAUCACCUGUCGGCCUUUCUUUCGACCACUUCGGGCUCACCUCGCACGCUUGCAGACUUUUCUCCUGCGGAUUUCUCACCUGCCUUCUUCGUGUCUCUUCGGACCCAUAUGAUUCGCGCGCUCCGAGGAGAGGCAGACAGCGAUACACCCGAUCUCGCUGUCCUGCCGGAGGGCCUGAAUAAUGGAAGGGCUUUGCGCAAGCUGCUGAUGGAUGACGGUUUUCUACUGCAACAUUGUUCUUCCAUGUUUCGGAGGGAUCAAGCGCUGCUAUGGGGCGAUAAAGAAAUCGGUCUGAGUAUGCUUGCGGAAAUCGUUCUCCCGCUAGCAGAUCUUGGGGAUCAUGCUCCAGCAUCGGCCUUGGAUCGAGACGCCUCUACGAUCCACAAGCAGGCCAUCACGUCAGUUCGCUUCGCUCUUCUCGCGAACCGAUCCGCUAGUGAGAAAGACUCCCCUUUGCGCAAGAAGGUCAGCGAUCUGCUUGCGCCUUCGCUGAGAGCUCUGAGAAGGACAGACUCUGAGGGUGGCCUGUCCAUCUCCUUCCUCGACACUUGGCUCGACAAGGCAGAAGACUGGGCACAGGGACUUACGGCCAGUUCUUCUGGCACAGAUCUCAGCGAGACGUCCGUCAACACUGCCUCCACCUCGGAGGCGACAGUGGUGCAGGAGCGCAUGUUGGAGCAAAUCAGGACGCUUCAGCAGAGUCUGAAAAUCUUCCGAGAUCAAGUCGGUGAUGUACCCGCCUCUGGUGAUGCCUCUGAAGUAGCUGCUAGUGAAGAAGAGAGGGUGAAGAUCGUGCAGAGGAAGCUCAGGACCGAGGAAGGGCUGAGAGCUUUUCGAAAGGAGUGUGCUGAUUGGGUCGGAGCAGAGGUCAGAUCACUCCUGCUCGGUAAUCCUCCCCACACGUCGCUCUUUCCCACAUCUGCCUCUGCCUCGGCUCUUUCCUCUGACGCUUCGGAAGAGGCCGCCGGCGAAGACUUUACGGCCACCCUCGAAUCGCUGCUGAGCCCUUCGCCGCGUCAGAAUCUCAGUCUGGCUCUCGCGCGUCCAGAAGUCUAUCUGGCACACUUUCUCACCUCUGCCAAGGCUGAUUCGCCAUUACCCUCUUCUGGCGUCAAGACUCGUGUCGUAGAACAACUUGCGCCUCUCGUCCACGGGAAACGAGCGCAGACGGACCUGAGCACCGCGUUCAACCUGCUGCGCGAGGCGGGCGGAGCAGGCACGGGCGUAAAGGGCAGACUGAUCGAGGUGGUUGACUGGUUCCACGCUUGGUGCUCCCUGCAGCAGCAGCAGCAAACGCGCUCCAAUGGGGAUGAGACUCACCGCAACGGCAGCUCGAGCACGAGCACUCCCUCCAGCAGAAAGCGCAAAUCUGCCCUCGAAACUCCCGGCACUACUUCCACCGAGCAAGGCACAGACGCAAGCGCCCUCUCACCCUCGCUACAAGCGCGCUUCGCCCUCGCCCUCUCCAGCCUCGCUCUACUGGGCUAUAUCAAGAAGACGGCCAAGCGCAGUGCGAGGGGUGGAGCUGGAGGAGCAUUAGUGCUCAAGGUAGGUGGGUGGGAUAUGAUCCCUGGGUUGACGGGGAGGGAUGGAGAGGAAGAGUGGACGCGCGAUGGGGUCGAAGGAGAGGAAGGGGAGGACUGA